AACAAUUGUAACACUGAUACUCAUGGCAUCCCUCGUAUCAAUUAAUUGGAGGAUAUUAAGGAACACUACUUGUGCUACCACGCUCUGCAAGCGUUGCGCUUGCCUCGCCUUUCGGUUUGCGAACACUAUCUGGCAUUUAUCUUCCUAUCCAUAUACAAAAAGGCUCCAGGUUGCGCUAGGCGUAUUCACGAAAGGUGCUGGUUAGCGUAAUGGCGGAAAGCCCUACUCCAACGACCGGGACGCCUGAAAGUCAGAGCCCCGUCAGAACUCCGCCAGCCUUGAUAACAACAGAGGAGCUGCUGGAAAGUAUGGAAGCCAAAGGCCCGGAGGAAGCAGCUUUGCCCCCGGAAGCGGCUCCAUCGACAAGCGUUUCGCGCGUUACCGCCCCUAGCAUGCCGACCGAGCGGUAUCAGCUCUUAAGGGAUGCAGACGCAAGUCACAAGCUUCAACUCUUGUUACUGCCUCCAGAAGAGGAUCUCCGAGCCGCUGCGUUGGGGGAAUUACCCGCCAUCGGGCCACCGCCCAGGUUGCCGCAUCAGCUGAGCCCCGCGCUUCAAUCCGUGCUGGUCGGGUGGCGUUCCGUGUACGAGUCCUGCUGUACGACAGACGCUCUGCAAGCGCUGGUGGGCGGGUGCUACGCCCGAGAAGCAGUGUUCGAAGACGCUAUGGUUUCGGCGCGAGGCCAGGAGGCCGUCUACCGACAGUUCGCCUUGCUUGGUGCUGUCGUACGCUCAGUGCAUGUCAGCGCAUACUCCCUCUCCGUGGCGCCGCUCGCACAGCCCGUUGUGGCCCUUUCCAUUGCUGCGGCCGAACCCGAGGAGCCAUCCACCUCAGCAGCUGCAGCUGCAGCCGCCCUGCGGCGUCCUGGUGGCACGACGACGGCGACCCGGCAAGCUGGGCCGCAGCCGCCCCAGCAGGAUUCCGAACGGCAGGUACCGCUGCACCUGACACGGGUGGCGGUUGAGAACGUGCAGACCCUCACCGUUGGCUUGCCGUACUUUAUGUCGAGGCUCAUGGGGCUGACGGCUGAAGGCAUUCGGAUUCCGCUGUACGUGACGAGCAUCCUUCUCGUCGCUUCCGACGCCCCACUCGCCGUCGCCGUCGGUGGUUUCGACGGCAUAACGGCAACCGCCGCCGCUGAGGCCACGACCCGACGUCUUGCAGGCGCAGCGGCAGCGCUGCUGAGCGGCGUUGCCUCCGCCACCGCUGCCACCAGCAGCAAGAGCCGCUUCGCUGCAACGGAUCCAACGGUUCCGGCGGUUCCGGCACCGAGCUGGCGUGUCGUACAUCAUGUUGACAUGUGGCACAACGUUCCGCUGGUUUGGUGGCGGGUACGGCGGGCUGUGUGCCGUAUCCUGGAUUCCGUACUGUCGCCGUGGCUGCGGUUGUGAGGGGCUUUGCGGUCCGGGUUAGCGAUAUGGCGGAGGUGUGUUCAUUUUUUGCGUCGCCAGGUUGUUCAUGGUUGGCAGGAGUGCUUGCGUGUGUUGGAAGGUUGGCAGGAGUGACGUUUAUUGAGUGAAGGAGAAGUUUGGCACGGGUGUUUUCCGCAUGCGGAUCACCGUUGUUGUAGUCCGGGUGGGAUUGCAGGUAGCCUCCCUUUUUUGCGAUCGCUUAGGCGCUGCUAUCAACAAGUGUGCGCGUGAAGAGUAGUAGUUAUCUUUUGUGAAUGUGCAGGUAAAGUCGAGCGACUUGCUUAGCGAGGGUUACUUGCAUGUGGAGUGAGAACUACUUGCAUUCGGAGGGGAAUGAUGGAGGCCCUGAGCGAAUUGCGAUGUUGGGGGUCGGUGCGCUUGCAUGUACUUUUAUUUUGACUGCCGUUGGGCACUGCGCUGUGCUUGCCCAGCCUAUGUGUCUGUCAGCUUGGAUUGAAAUGCAUGGUGUAGGUAGUGGAUAUGUGAAGGUAUUUUCGAGCAACACUAUAUGUUGCUAAACAUACAUUUUUGCCAUAACUGUACGACGGUGUUAUGCGACGGCGGUAUGUAGUCUGCCGUACACGGUCAGUUGAAGACCGUCAUCAUAAGUUACAUGUUGUCUGCCUCACCACCAAAAUGCCAAUGUUAAGCAUUUGUUUUAAUCACGUGAGAGUCCCCAUCCGACUUCCAAUAGAAAUUUCAGGUCCUUAUAUGUUAGUAGUGAGUAGUGAACUGUUUGCUUCUGCUUAGACAAUGGCUGACAACCGACUGAUGAGGCGCCAUGCAUGUAUCCUGGACAGGUUAUUGCUUGUGCAGUUGCACCGUACAAGGCAGUUGGAAGGUGGCGUUAUCUACGUUUACAUGGCCUGCAUCUUAUCUUGCAUCCCGCUUGCUUGUGUAGUUGCAUGCUGCAAGGGAUGUCCUAAAUGCUGGUCAGUUCCGCACAUUGCGUUGCACGAUUGUACUUAGGCGCGUAGGAGAGCAAUACUGCUGCAGUUCUGGAAGUGCGAUGGGAUGGAUGCGGCAAACGGCGUAGACGCAUAGGAUGAAACGGCAUAAUAGUAGAAGUAAGAGGCUCACAGCGCUCAUGCUUAGCAGUUGCUUCAUGUAUUGUAAUCAGCGAUGGAUUCCCUUUCCUUUGCGGGUGUUGCUAAGCUUUGUUUGUCGUACGAAAACAUGGGCAUAUCUUUUACUUCAAGGGACAGGCCCCUGCACCAGCCGCGGGUCGUUUUGGCAGUUAGAUCUGGUUGUUAGUUAAUUGCCCGGGAUCUGGUGCCGUACCUUGUACUGUUGUACUACAGUUGAAGGCGUCGUAGGGGCACUUCAUCUUUAGUGCGUGAGCAGCAGGAGCUGAGGUGGUGUACGUGUCAGCUGGGUGGAGGACAUGCAUGAACUCUGGUAUCCAGGAAUGUUGAUGUGUUGUCCGUUAACUGCUGUACGUACACCGCAACCUUCUUCUGUACGCAUGUGUCCGCUGCGGCCGUUUCAAUGGUUUGUUGUAAGUUACCGUACAGUCACACCGCCGGUGGAGGUCAGUUGCACCUUUUGGGGUUUGCGUUUUGCAAUGCCAGUGCCUUGCAAUCAACAGUGAAUGUCAUGGCUGGGGCGCUUAACUCCCGAGCGGCCCAGCAGGCAGUGUUAUUCAAGCAGCCUGUAAACCUGCUGUCGAA